AUGACAAGUGAUAUGGCGAUGGCGAAGCGUAAUAUCCAACGUGCAGUCGAAAGGGUAUUCAUGGCCGACUUCAACGUGAUUUGUGCAAAGAAAUCGUUCUCAUACGUUUCACAUACAGACACCUAUUGCCAGAUCAGUCGACCGGACGUGACUUGCUAUGCAUUCAUGGCUUAUUAG